AUGGCAAACGGUCGCUCGUCCCAGGAUGAACGCAAGCUCGAGAACGGUGCCGCUCCAGCGCCCCCCUCAGAGCAGCGUCUAUGGAUUGCCUUAAGUUCCAGCGUCAUUCUCUUCAACAAGUGGGUUCUGUCGAGUGCCAAGUUCAACUUCCCGCUCUUCCUUACGACAUGGCACAUGAUCUUCGCCACUGCCAUGACCCAGGGUCUGGCCAAGUUUACCACAAUCCUGGACUCCCGUCACAAGGUCCCGAUGACCCCUAGCACUUAUGUCCGUGCCAUUGUCCCCAUCGGUAUCAUGUUCAGCUUGUCUCUCAUCUGCGGUAACCUGGCCUACCUCUACCUCAGUGUUUCCUUCAUUCAAAUGCUGAAGGCGACCAAUGCUGUCGUGACUCUCUUCGCCACCUGGGCCUUUGGAAUUGCCCCGGCUAACUUCAAGACCCUUGGCAAUGUCGGUAUCAUUGUCCUCGGUGUUGUUAUCGCUUCCUUCGGUGAGAUCAAGUUCGACAUGAUUGGUUUCCUCAUCCAGGUUGGCGGUAUCAUUUUUGAGGCCCUGCGCCUGGUCAUGGUCCAGCGCCUGCUUAGCUCGGCUGAGUUUAAGAUGGACCCCCUCGUCUCCCUGUAUUACUACGCCCCCGCCUGCGCUGUCACCAACGGCGUUGUUACCCUCUUCACCGAUCUCCCCCGCAUGACUAUGAACGAUAUUUACUCUCUUGGUGUCAUGACUCUCAUUGCCAACGCGCUGGUUGCUUUCCUUCUUAACGCCUCGGUUGUCCUUCUGAUUGGCAAGACCUCGGCUGUCGUCCUGACCAUGGCUGGAAUUCUCAAGGAUAUCCUCCUGGUCUGCGCCUCCAUGCUCAUUUUCCGUGACCCCGUCACCCCCCAGCAGUUCUUCGGCUACUCCAUUGCUCUGGCUGGCCUCGUUUACUACAAGCUGGGUGCCGAGAAGCUCCAGGCCCUCACCACCGAUGUGCGUCUGCAGGUCGGUGAGUACCGCCGGGCUAACCCGGCAAAGGCUAAAGGCAUUGCCGUCGGUGCCACUCUAACCAUUGUCCUGCUGGUUCUGUACACUGGAGCCCCAUCUUCUGCCCGCCUGACCAAUUAA